AUGGACCUCCCUCGAUCCACCUCGAACGUGUCUCAGUCCUCACCGUCUGAGCUCUCAUCAUCUGAGUUCUCGUCAGUUGAAUCCGAAUCUGAGGAUCCUCUUGCGCUACUGGCCAAGGAUGUGAAGCAGCAGCUUUUCACCACCAACGAGAGCUUACAAAAGUCCUUGGAACGCCGUCAACGAGAGCUUCGGCAAGACCAAACUCGGGAUCAGUACCUCGUCUUCACGUCUGUUCCCCCAGAGCAAUCUUCCAGACUGAGUGAUGAUGGGUCGCGAACAAGCAAGUACAGUCGAUUCUUUUUCAACGCAGAAACGGGAAUUUUGAUCGCGAAAGUCAUGCCGAAUCCUGCACACGAACUUGCAAUAAGAUCAUUUGAUUCACUGAUUUCGCUCGAGCUGCGUGCGAUGAACGUCCAUCGCGACGUGAGGCCUUUCGGUUCGACAACAGUUACGGUUGGAAAUUGGAAAAAGGAGGCUGACUGCUGCUGGGCUCCGGCUUCGACAAAUGCAAGGCUGAGUUUUGUGGUGGAAGUAGGAUUGUCAGAGUCUGCGCGACAACUUGCUCUUGAUGCGCGCGGUUGGCUAGAGGCUUACUCCUCAUCUGUGAAACUUGUGGUUACGAUCAGCAUCAAACGCGAAAAUCCCGAGAUCGUGUUGCACCGAUGGGAACUUGCUCCCCGAGGAUAUGGUGUCCUUACAAGGUCAUCCCCUCUUUCAGCGCGUCGUACUGCAUUCGUCAAAUUAUCUCGAACGAAUAACACGACCUCUGUUACCGGAGAGUCCAACAUGAAUGGCACAAAUACGACUUCUACGCAGUUGGAUCUACCCUUCGGCAAGGUUGUUGGCCGUCCUCCUCACCAGCCCCUAGAGAGAGACUUAGUGAUACCCGAGCAAGAGCUAAGAAGUUUUGCUGAGGAUAUCUGGAGUGAGCAGAGUCUCCUAUAA